UCCAGAAAUGUAUGGAUUACUCGUGUAAUGUGACCAACAUCAUCGUGGAGCCUCCGUCUCCUGAGAGCUCUCCAGACAGUGACGGCUGCACACCAGAGCUGGAGAAAGCCGGCCUUUUGAACAAGACCAAAAUUGCAGAGGGAGGCCGCAAGCUAAGGAAAAGCUGGAGUCCGUCCUGGGUCGUGUUGGUAGGGAACAGUCUGGUUUUCUUCAAAGAUCCGAAAUCGCAGACACCUUCCAGCUGGAAACCAGGAAACAGUCGCCCUGAGAGCAGUGUGGAUUUAAGAGGCGCACAGCUGCAAUGGACCAAUGAUUUGUCCAGCAAGAAGAAUGUCUUCAAGCUGAGGACAGUAACGGGCAACGAGUUCCUGCUGCAGUCAGAGACAGACUCUCUGAUAAAGGAGUGGUUUAACACCAUUCAGAACGUCAUCGUCAGGCUGGAUCGUGAAAACCCACUGGACAACGUCCUCCUGUACUCUCUGAGGAGAGCGGGCAGCGUGGAGAUGCUGGAGCACAGUGGAGACGAGGAGGACAGGAGAACGUCUCUCCCUCGCUCAUCAUCCAACCUGGAAAACACAGAGAGGAAAAGGGUAAAGACGCGGCUGAAGAAGCUGAUCAUGAGGAGACCUCCUCUGCAGGCUCUGCAGGAGAAAGGCCUCAUUAAAGAUCAGGUAUUUGGUUGUUGUCUGGAGAUGCUCUGUAACCGAGAGAAAAGCACCGUCCCUCGUUUCGUCAGACUUUGCACCGAGGCUGUGGAGAGCAGAGGAUUGGAGACUGAUGGCAUCUACAGAGUAUCAGGGAACCUGGCAGUGAUUCAGAAACUACGCUACCUAGUGAACCAUGAGGAGAAGCUGAAUUUGGGCGACGGCGAGUGGGAGGACAUCCAUGUCAUCACGGGAGCUUUGAAACUUUUCUUUCGCGAGCUUCCCGAGCCUCUGGUGCCCUAUGGCUUCUUCACAGACAUUGUAGAGACAGCCAAGAUGUCUGACUACAUGGACAAAGUGGACCGUUUGAAGUGUCUGGUGCUGAACAUGCCUCCUCCAAACCAUGAUACUCUUCUAUUCAUGUGCCGCCAUCUCAAACGAGUGUUGGAACAUUCGGAUUCCAACAGAAUGACCACACAGAACAUUGGCAUUGUGUUCGGGCCGACCCUGAUGCGCCCAGAGCGGGACAACGGCAACAUGGCGGUGAAUAUGGUUUACCAGAACCAGGCAGUGGAGCUCAUCCUCAGCGAAUUUGACCACAUCUUUGGAACGAGAGGCCCCUCUUGAUCUUUCUGGACAUGGUUUUUUUUUGGGGUGGAAGGGGUUGGGGGUUGGGGGGGUGGGGGGGUUCAAAAGGCACCUCCAGAUCAGACAAAAGCACAAGUAGUGCAGCGUUUGUCCUCUUUGCCUGUUGACUCAUAUGGUGUAAAAUGGAUCUCACAUCAAAAGAUAAUUAUGGGGUAAAAAGAACCAGGACAGAAAGCUGCUAAUCAUGACAUCUGGCCUCCAUAUAAAGCCAUGUGAAAACAAUAAUAGUAAAAUAAGCCAACUUUAGCUGCAGUACUUGUGCCUUUUGACUGCAAAUGUGGAUCCCAGCCCCGGUGUUCUUUACUGCGUGAACAGAUGCCUCCUUGUCACUUUUCCUUCAUGUUUCAGACUUGAUCAUGAUAAAUGAAAAGCCAUAAAAGUGAUGGAUGUCCUCCAGCCUGUUCGUCUAGUUUUGUAUCGAUCGGUUAUUAAUCAAAGAAUGUGCGAAGAGGAUGUUUUUGAAAACACGGCACUGAAACAAGACUUUGCAGAACCAUCUCACUGUGAAAACUGCAGCACCUCUUGCAGGAAGGGUUGACGGAUUCCACCCACUGUGCAUCGUGCAGAUGAGCAGAGGGCAAGCUGGGCACGUUGUUCCCACAUCACUGAAGUCAUGCAGUGUUUAGAUGAAGAGUUUUCAGGCUGUGUUUGAAAACUCCUCAUGGAUGUGGGUGAAUGUGCCAACAUGACAGCAAACGUUCCUUUGUACCAAAUAGUAUAGAGUGUUGUUAUUAUGUGUUUGAACCUUCAGUUUCCUUUAUUGUACACUUUUUGGACAUGCCUCCUAUUUUCAACUCCUCAUAUUAGAUUAAAAUGACAACGCUGUAAAUAUGUGACAUCAUGUGUUUGUCAAACCUGUAGCAGUUUGGAUACAGUGCGUAACCUCAACAUAUAAUAUGUAUAUAUAAGAAGCCAAAUUCUAACUGCUGUCAAAAAUAUUACUUGGACCUGAUUGUUAGCUCUCCUGCAAUAAAAGCGAGACAAAAAAAAUGGGAAAA